ACCUCUCUAUCAUCAUCUCAUCUCAUCUCUAGGGUUUAAGCUCGGUCAUUUCAGUGUUUCACCUAAAACCUCACCGCCAUGGCACUCUAUGCCAUACUCCUCCGCUCUCUCCGCCGUUCCUCCGCCACCGCCGCGGUCUUCAGAACUCAAAUCACAACAUCCGUUCACAAUCCUCAAAACCCUAAUUUCCUUCUACCUCAGCGAUCAUUUGCUUUUUCAUCUGCAGAAGAAGCCGCCGCUGAACGGAGGCGUCGGAAGCGGCGGCUUCGUAUUGAACCACCAAUCAACGCCCUCCGCCGUGAUCCACUCCCCAGGGGACCGCCUUCUCCCGAUGAUCCUCGAUCCCGUCUUCCUGAUACCACCUCAGCAUUGGUGGGCCCUCGGCUUAACCUUCACAAUCGCGUUCAAUCUCUUAUCCGUGCUGGUGAUUUGGACUCUGCAGCUGCCGUUGCUCGUCACGCCGUUUUCUCAAACACACGGCCGACUGUAUUCACAUGUAAUGCUAUCAUCGGUGCUAUGUAUCGGUCCGGACGGUAUAAUGAUGCUAAGGCACUGUUUCAGUACUUUUUCAAUCAGUAUAAUAUUAUUCCGAACGUUGUUUCAUACAAUCAUGUAAUUGUGUCACAUUGUGAAGCUGGUGAGGUUGAUGAAGGCUUGAAAGUAUACAGUCAUAUUAUUGAAAAUGCGCCUUUUAGUCCGUCUGCUGUGACAUAUCGCCAUCUUACCAAGGGAUUAAUUGAUUCUGACCGUAUAGCUGAAGCUGUGGAUUUGCUUAGGGAAAUGCUUAAUAAAGGACAUGGUGCGGAUUCUUUAGUUUAUAAUAAUUUGAUAUUGGGAUUCUUGAAUUUGGGUAAUUUAGAGAAAGCGAAUGAACUGUUUGAUGAGUUGAAAGAAAGGUGCACUGUUUAUGAUGGGGUGGUGAAUGCUACUUUUAUGGAUUGGUUUUUCAAGCAGGGGAAGGUAAAAGAGGCUAUGGAAUCAUAUCGAUCACUUCUUGAUAAGAAGUAUAGGAUGGUUCCUGCAACUUGUAAUGUGUUGUUGGAGGUGUUGUUGAGGCAUGGGAGGGAAACUGAGGCGUGGGCAUUGUUUGAUGCAAUGUUGGAUGAUCACACGCCACCAACAUUCCAGGCUGUGAAUUCUGACACUUUUAAUUUAAUAGUGAAUGAGUGUUUUAGGCUAGGGAAGGUUUCAGAGGCAUUGGAGACCUUCAAGAAGGUGGGGAAGGGCCUCAAGACCAGACCUUUUGCAAUGGACGUUGCAGGUUACAAUAAUAUGAUAACCAAACUUUCUGAGCUUGAAAUGAUGGAGGAAGCAGAAAAAUAUUAUAUGGAAUUGUGUAACAAGUCAUUGAGCCCAGAUGUCACAACUUAUAGGACAAUGAUUGAGGCAUAUGUGAAGAUGGAUAAUGUCGAAGGCACACUGGAGAAGUACACAAAGAUGGUGGAGGCAGGGCUGAGAGUCAUUCCAGUCUAUGCUGAAAAGUGGUUUAAUUUCUUGAUUGAGAAAGGCAAGGUUGCAGAGUGCGUGCCUAUUCUCACCAAGAUGGGUGAGAGAGAACCAAAACCUGAUGUGACAACAUAUGAUAUUGUGAUUAGGGCACUCUGUGGGGAAGGUAAUUAUGAUGCAAGUUCCAAUUUAGUUAUUCAGACCAUAAACUAUGGUGUUGGUCUCACCAGUUCCCUCAGAGAGUUCCUGUUAGAAAGUUUUGGUAACCAAGGUCGUCGUGAGGAGAUUGAAAGAGUUUUUGCUACUAAACCUACUUACAUUCCACCUUCUACACCACCUCGAGGACAAGUUCCAUGGCUUUCACAAUUGCCUAGACAAUUACCAGGAACUUCUCGUGCUGCAGGACAACAGACACCACCCGCUUCUUUAUCAUCACAAGUGCAAGGUCGGCCUUCAGCUCUUAAUUCAACGUGGCAACAAAAUUCACCUCCCUCAUUCGUUGGAGGACAGCAACAAGCUUCAUCACCUUCUUUCAUUGGAGGACAAGGAUCAUCACAAAUGCAAGGCCAGCAGUCAGCACCUAACCCAAGGUGGCAACAAGCUUCACCACCAUCUUUUGUUGCUGGACAAGGAUCACAUCAACUGCAAGGCCAGCAGGCAGAUCCUAAUCUAAGGUGGCAACAAGCUUCACCACCCACUUUUGUUGCUGGACAAGGAUCGCAUCAAAUGCAAGGCCAGCAGUCAGCACCUAAUCCAAGGUGGCAACAAGCUUCACCGCCGUCUUAUACUGCUGGACAAGGAUCACAGCAAAUGCAAGGCCAGCAGUCAGAACCUAAUCCAAGGUGGCAACAAGCUUCACCACCCUCUUUUGUUGCUGGACAAGGAUCACAUCAAAUGCAAGGCCAGCAGUCAGAACCUAAUCCAAGGUGGCAACAAGCUUCACCACCCUCUUUUGUUGCUGGACAAGGAUCACAUCAAAUGCAAGGCCAGCAGUCAGAACCUAAUCCAAGGUGGCAACAAGCUUCACCACCCUCUUUUGUUGCUGGACAAGGAUCACAUCAAAUGCAAGGCCAGCAGUCGGCACCUAAUCCAAGGUGGCAACAAGCUUCACCACCCUCUUUUAUUGCCGGACAAGUACCACAGCAAAUGCAAGGUCAGCCAUCAACAUUUGCAAGAAAUUCGCAUCAGGCAUCACCUUCUUUUAUUCAACAAGGAGCUUCACCACCGUCUUUCAUGGCUGGACAAGGAUCACAGCAGAUGCAAGGUCAGCCAUCAGCUUUUGCAAGAAACGUGCAACAAGCAUCACAACCUUCUUUCGUGCCCCAAGAUGCUUCAUCGCACUCUUUCAUGGCUGGACGAUCACAGCAAAUGCAAGGUCAGCCAUCAGGUUUCACACACGUUUCACAAUGGUCAUCACCACCCACUUAUAUGGCAGGACAAGGAGGACAGCAUCAAAAUCAAGGUCCGCCAUCAGGUUUCACACAAACUCCUUAUAAGGAGGCAUCACCUUAUUCCAUGGAUGGACAAAGAGCCCAUUCAAUGCAAGGUCUGACAUCAGGACCUGUUCAUACUCCACUAAAUGAAAUCUCACACACAUCCCAAUCAGUUAGAGGUCCAGCAUCAGCUUUUGCACACGUACCUGGGCAAUAUGUAAGACAUCAAGCAACAGAAAAGGCCUCAUCCCAAGGGGACAAUAUUGAGCAAUACCAAUACCCCGAAGUGGCACGCCAAGGGAGAAUGUAAAUUGGGAAGCAUAGUUUCUCUGAGGGGCCUGCUUUUGAUACAGUUAUCUAAAUAGGACUGCAGGAAUAGAAACAUCUUGAUGUCAGACUAUGGUCAUGGAUUAAUAUGCACUGAUAGAAAUCAUUGACAAAUUUUGUAGAGACAAUUGAUGGUUUUAGGCGAUACUUGUGAUUUGAGUUGCUCAUAAGUGAUCGAAUAGUUGAGCUUGGUGAAACAAAUUAAAUUGUACUAUUGGUGAGAAAAUAUAUUUAUUUACUCUACAUCUUGUACACUUGAAUUUUUCCCUUCAUAUCAAUAAAUUGUACUUGCCUCGUCAAAAAAAUAUCUUCUU